CGAAAGGUCAUCUCGAGCCGGCGCGCCUGAUCGACCAUUGAUGGAGGACGAGGCGGAGCUCAACGUAGCACCGCAGCUCGAGUGGGCCAAGGUGCUUUGCACGGGCGAUGGCCCGUCCAAGCGCAGCGGUCACUCGCUCACGAUCGUCGGCUCGAACGGGUUCCUCUUUGGCGGCUGCGACUAUGCCGACCCCCCAGGGCCGACCAACGACCUAUUCCAAAUGCGCAUCAACACCAACGGCACGUGCGACUGGAGUCGCGUCCUCUUUCGGAAAGGCCCGGCCGCGCGCUGGAAGCACAGCGCGACGAACGUCGACAAUAAGAUCUUUGUGUUUGGCGGCUUCCACUCGGCGACGGCCCGCUUCCAGGACCUUUGGGUCUUCAACCCGAUCACGAUGGAGUGGAGCCAGCCCGUGCCGCAGGCGUCGCCGCGCAACGCCAAGCCAUCGUCCGUCUCGUUCGGGUGGCCCAACUGCCCGCCACCCCGUGGCGGGCACUCGGCCUGUCUCGUCGACCGUGACAUUUACAUCUUUGGCGGGUACGGUGGCCAAGGCUACAGUCGGCGCGACUUUGACGACUUGUAUGCACUCAACGUUGACGACAUGAGCUGGGUGAAAAUCACAGUCAAGGGCAAGGUUCCGGAGAAGCGGUCGGGCCAUCAAGCGUGCGCGGUCGACACGAAAAUGUUUGUGUUUGGCGGCUGGAAUUGCUCGCAGCAGUUCAACGACUUGUUCAUUUUCGAUACGGAAACAUCGUCGUGGAGCAGCGUCGAGGGCAGUCACAUGGCGCACACGUCGCCGCGCUGGAAUCACGCGUCGUGCGCCGUCUUGGCGAUCCCGAACGCCAAGAUCUUUUGCUUUGGGGGCGUCCUCGGUAUGACCAACGAGUACGGUGCACCCGGCGCAUUUGCCAACGACAUUAGCGUCCUCGACUCGGGCACAUUGCAGUGGCACGUGCCGUUGAUCUCGGGCGCCCCGCCCGCGCCCCGCUCCGACACGACGCUCGCGUACGACGACAAAGGCAGUCGCUUACUGAUAUGCGGCGGGUGGGCCAACUCGUGGCUCAACGAUGUGUUUGCACUCGACGUGAGCUGCGUCGUCGGGCCGCCGUACGCGAUCACGGGGCUCUUCCCGACCUUUGGCGCCAUCACGGGCGGUACGCUCCUGACGAUCGAAGGCAUCGACUUUGUGUCUCGGCCUGUCAUCGUUCGCUUCGCCUGUCGCAAGGGCACAUUGGACGUCGCGGGGACGUUUGUGAGCGAAGAAAUGCUCACAGUCGUCACGCCCGACUACUCGGGGUUCCCCCCCGGCGACGUCCAAGUCCGCGUCGCGCUUCAAGGCGACUCGUUUACGACGACGAGCCAAACGUUCAACUUUUUCGCUGUCACGUCGGCCGCAACCUCGUUGGUCUUUGGCCCAGGCGUCCUCUCGGGCGCCGCCAUCUCGGAGCCGGUCGCGUUCGUUGUACAAGCCUGCGACGGCGCCGGCAAUGUGCGAACGCGCGGCGGCGAUGCGUUUGGUAUCACGGUGCGCUGCUUAGCCGACGACCGCGACAUUCCAGUCGAAGUGACCGACCUGGAGAACGGCAUGUACAUGGUCACGUACAUUGCGCCAACGCGCGGUGAGUACGAGAUUGUCAUCGAGUUCCUUGGCACCUUUGGGGGCACCGCCGGUGUCCUCUACGGCUUUCCGCUGGUCGUCACGUUUGAGGACAAUGUCGCCCGCGACGGCAACCGCAUGAACGGCAAGCUCCUCUUGGACAACGUGGCCAUGGAGAUGGCGUCGCUCACGGCCAUGAUGGCCGAGUGCGCGCGCGGGCUCCAGAUCGAGCUCACAGGGUCGCUUUCAUCGGCCGAAGACACCCCCGCGCUCAUUCAACUCAAGGAGCAGCUCUUUAUGAUCGAGAAGCGGGGCACGGAGACGCGCCAUCGACUGGCCAAGGUUCGAAGCAUGCUCGCAUAUCUGGGGACGACCGUCGACGUCGAGCGCGACAAGGCGUCGCUCCGUGAUCUGGAACAAACGUGGUCGGACUUGCUUCUCAAGGUGCCCAUGGUCGCGGGCAAGAUUGCACCGCGUCUGCAAGCCCAGGCGUCGCGCACGAAAAGCGACAUUCAAGCUCACCAUACGACCGUGCUCGCGUACCACGAGUGCUUCAAGGCCCUGCCCAUCUGGCGCUUUGAGACGGGCGUCAAAGGCGGCCUCCGGCAACUCGACGAAGCGGCGAUUUGUCAUCGUGACGAAGACGCCAAAUUUCAGCAGAUGCGGCACAUCGCCGAGAUUUUCGAGUGCCUUCCGCUCAUGGAGCCGUCCGAGCGCGUCAUGAAUGGCAUCGCGCGGUGCCUCGACCGCCUGCGCGCUGUGUGGCACUGCGUCGACGACGUUGGCCGCAAACUGGCGUUUGUGCGGGACCUUCUCUGGGCCGACUUGGACGGCGGCAUGCUCGAGGACGAAGCGCGGAGUCUCAUGGCCAGCGUCAAAGGUGUCGGGAAAGACCGCGACAUUAAGGAAAGCAGUGUCUACUUGGGGCUCGAAGCCAUGACGCGCGACUUUUUACUGAGUUGCCCGCUUUACCAAGCGCUUCGACACCCGUCCAUGCAGGCGCGGCACUGGCAAGAGCUCAUGGGCUUGCUGCAAACGACAUUUCCCAACCCGAUCGAGUCGCUCGACCUCAAAUUUGGCGACCUCAUGCGUCUCUCGCUUGCCGAUCACAGCAAGGACAUCGAAGACCUUACGGACCGCGCACAGAAGGAGCAACGGAUUGAAGUGGCCUUGGCCGAAAUCGAAGGCCGUUGGGACACGAUCGCAUUUGAACUGUCGUCGUACGACGAGACAGACGUGCCCCUUCUCCGCGUCCGCGACGAAGACGUCGAGAUCUUGGAGGCCGACCAAGUGGCCGUGCAAGCGAUGCUCAGUGGUCGCGUGGCGUUCUUCCAAGCCGCGAGCCAAGUGUGGGCCGACAAACUCAGCACGAUUGCCGACGUGACGGCGGCGCUGAGCGAGAUCCAGCGCACGUGGGCCUAUUUGGAGCCGCUCUUUAUUGGCUCGGAAGAGGUCAAGCGCGAGUUGCCACGAGACGCCGAACAGUUUGCGAUCGUCGACGGCGCGGUCAAGACCCUACUCCACGCCAUGGCCGACGUGCGCAUUGUGCUGCGAGCGUGUACGGACCACCCAAAUCAGGUGGCGCACCUUCAAGCACUCAUUUCCACCCUGCAGACGUGCCAGACGUCGCUGAUCGAGUUUUUGGAAGGCAAACGUCGGCUCUUUCCGCGCUUUUAUUUUACGUCGGAAGCCGACUUGCUCGAUAUUCUCUCCAACGGAAGCCGCCCCGAACUCAUUUUGAAGCACCUCAACAAGGUCUUCCUCGCGACCGAGAGCUUUGCAUUUGAGCACACAAACAUUAUCGUGCAGUUUGUCGCAAGCGUCGGCAAGGAAGUCGUCCGCUUCCUCUCGCCGCUCGCGCUCACGGGCAAAGUCGAGGCGUACUUGACAGACGCGCACUUGGCCAUGCAACAAACGCUCCUCGAAAGCAUCAAGAGCUCUGUGAAGCGGUACCCGACGCUCAACCGCGUCGAGUGGCUCUCAGCGCGGACGCCCGAAGCCGCCUUCCUCGACCCGGCGCAGGUCGUCCUCUUGGUCGCCGGCAUUGAGUACGUCAAGCACGUUGAAGGCGCAUUUAGCGCGAUCGCCAAAGGCCACGAAAACGCUCUGGGCGAGCUCCUCGAAGUCGUCUCGAUCCAGCUCCAAGAGCUCAUCAAGCUGACGCGAACGUCGCUGAGCGAAGAUGCGCGCAUGCGCAUCAUGUGCCUCAUCACGCUGGAUGCGCACGGCCGGGACAUUCUCCAGUCCAUGGUGUCCCAGCACAUCACCUCGGCGGCCUCCUUUGUGUGGCAAGCCCAGCUCAAGCCCCGGCUGGUCCUGGAGGCGACGCCGUCGCUCGAUAUUUGCGAUGCAAGCUUCGAAUAUGGCCUCGAGUACCUCGGCAACGGCCCGCGCCUCGUCAUUACGCCGUUGACGGACCGCAUGUAUGUGACGGCGACCCAAGCACUGCACUUGCACAUGGGCUGCGCGCCGGCGGGACCCGCAGGCACGGGCAAGACCGAGACCACAAAAGACCUCGCCAGUGCGCUCGGAAAAGCGUGCUAUGUCUUCAACUGCUCGCCCGAGAUGGACUACAAAAGCCUUGGCAACAUUUUCAAAGGGUUGGCGUCCAGCGGCGCGUGGGGCUGCUUUGACGAAUUCAACCGCCUCAUACCCGAAGUGCUCAGCGUCUGCUGUGUGCAAUUCAAAGCCGUGUGCGAUGGCAUUCGAAGCGGCGCGGCGUCGAUCGUUCUCGAAGGCGACAGUGUCGGCUUGGACCCAACGUGCGGCACCUUUAUCACGAUGAACCCGGGGUACCUCGGGCGGUCCGAGCUGCCGGAAGGUCUCAAAGCCCUUUUCCGUCCGAUCACAGUCAUGAUGCCGGACCUGCUCUUGAUCUGCGAAAACAUGCUCAUGGCCCAAGGGUUUACCCAGGCCAAGACACUUGCGUCCAAGUUCUAUAACCUGUACCAGCUCUGCAAGGAGCUCCUCUCGCAGCAAGAGCAUUACGACUGGGGGCUUCGCGCAAUCAAGUCGAUUCUUAUGGUUACCGGUGCGCUCAAGCGCAGCGAGCCAACGCUCGGCGAGUCCCAGCUCCUUUUACGCGCGUUGCGGGACUUUAACGUGCCCAAGCUGGUCCUGGCCGACGAGCCUAUUUUUCAUGGUCUUCUCAAUGAUCUUUUCCCUGAAGAGCACCCUCCUCGGUCCACGGACGCCAACCUUGAAAAGCACAUUGAAGCGUCGUGCGAAGCGCUUGGGCUCUGGCCGGACCCCGGGUUUCGGCUUAAAGUGGUGCAGCUCGACGAGCUACUGGCCCUGCGCCACUGUGUGUUUGUGAUUGGCCCGGCCGGCGCCGGCAAGUCCGAGUGCAUCACGACCUUGCAGCACGCUGGCGGGCUCCGGGGCACCAAGGUCAAACUGGUCGACUUGAAUCCCAAAGUGGUCUCGACCGACGAACUCUAUGGGUUCAUGCACGUCUCGACGCGCGAGUGGCGCGACGGACUACUCUCCAAGCUCAUGCGCGACUUGGCCAACGACGACGGUGACUACUGGAAAUGGCUCGUCCUCGACGGCGAUCUCGAUGCAAAUUGGAUCGAGUCGAUGAACUCGGUCAUGGACGACAACAAGAUGCUCACACUCGCCUCCAACGAACGCAUUCCGCUCAAAAAGUACAUGCGGCUUUUGUUUGAGAUCAAGGACCUGACGUACGCGACGCCGGCGACCGUGUCCCGCGCCGGCAUCUUGUACCUGGCUGCCGACGACGGCAUGCAGUACCGAUCGUUCAUUGCGAGCUGGCUCAACGAUGCCUCGCCCGAGGUCGACGUUCGCAGUCGCCUCGGCGAAGUUGUGCUCAAGUACGUCGAGCCAUGCGUCGCGUACUGCAAGCGGCUACCGCCGAUCGUGCCGCGACCCGACCUCGUCGCGGUGCAAGCCCUUCUCUACUUUCUCGAUGCUACGCUCGAUGCAAGCGUGGUCGCCGAGACCAAACGGAUUGAGAUUGUGUGUGGGUUUGCGUCCAUUUGGGCGUUCGGAGGGCCGCUGACGACGACCGCCGACGACGGCACCGACAGUCGCAAGCUCUUUAGCGACUGGUGGCGCGCCGAGUUCAAGAGCAUCAAGGUGCCGAUCCGGGACACGGUGUUCGACUAUUUUUUAAACCCGCAAACGCUCGUGUUUGAGAGCUGGAAGACAUGUGUAUGGUACACGUCGUCGGUCAAGUACGACGCCAGCGUCGCCAUGUACGACCUCACGGUGCCGACGCCCGAGACGGCCAGUGUCCUAUUUUGGAGCGACAAGAUGGUGAGCGAGUCGCACGGCGUCAUGCUCGCUGGCGGGGCCGGCACGGGCAAGACGCGGCUGCUUCUCGGGUACCUCGACGCGAGCACAAGAUUGACCAACCAGGAUGACAAAGGCUACCAGUCCAGUCGCGUGACGUUCAACUACUACACGAACGCGCCGACACUCCAAAGUAUGCUGGAAGCCAAGCUCGUCAAGCGCGUGGGCUCGACGUACGGCCCGAUCACGGCCGGCGUCCAGUGGAUCUUCUUCUUGGACGAUGUCAAUUUGCCUAUGCUGGACGCCUACAACACACAGAGCGCGCUCGCCUUGCUCCGGCAGCUGCUCGACUACGAGCACUGGUACGACCGCAGCAAGUUUAGUCUCAAGCACCUCGUCGACUGCCAGUUUGUUGCGUGCAUGAACCCGAGUGCCGGGUCGUUCUCGAUCAACCCGCGGCUCCAGCGCCAUUUUGUGACGUUUGCGGUCGCGCUUCCGAGCCCGACGAACCUCGUGACCAUCUACCAGACGUUCUUGGACGGGCACCUUGCCGAUUUUACAGACGACGUCAAGCGCCUCUCGGGUGCGCUUCUCAAAGCGGCGCUCGCCUUACACAACCAAGUGGCAGCGACGUUUCGCAAGACAGCCGCCAACUUUCAUUACGAGUUCAAUUUGCGUCAUAUUUCGAACGUCUUUGCGGGCCUCUUGCUCUCAAAACCCGCGGCCUUUGAGGACACGACGAAAAUGGUGCUGUUGUGGAUGCACGAGUCGGCACGGGUCUACGCCGAUCGGCUUGUGUCGCUCGCCGACCUCGCCAAGUACAAUGUGAUGAUCCAGAACCACGUCAAAAAGUCAUUUCCGUCUGUCUCGUUCCAGCGCUUCUUUGCGCCCGAGCACGCCGACCCGAUCCUCUUUGGCGCACUCAAUGGUCCGGAGAGCGACUACGACCAGAUCACGACGUACACGGAGCUGCGGCAAAAAGCCGAGGACGCGUUGACCGAGUACAAUGCGCUCUUGCCCAAGAUGGACCUCGUUCUCUUCAAGGAUGCCCUCGAACACGUGGCGCGCAUCGUCCGCAUGCUCACGACGGGCCACGCGCUGCUCGUCGGCGUUGGCGGCAGCGGGCGCAAGUCGCUCGCCCGCCUUGCUGCGCACGUGGCGUCCUACAGUACCGUCGACAUCACUCUCACGCAGAGCUACAGUCUGCUCGACUUCAAGGCCGAUCUCCAAGCGCUGUUUGCUCGCGCCGGGCUCAAAGGGGACAAGGUCGUCUUUCUCUUGAGCGACGCCGACAUCAAGCACGACCGCAUGCUCGUGGCCAUCAACGAUUUGCUUUCAUCUGGCAAUGUGCCCGAUCUCUACUCGAGUGAGGAGCAAGAUGCGGUCGUGAGCCAAGUCGCAGCCAAAUACAAAGGCGACAAGGAUGCCAGUUGGGCGUACUUUCUCGAUCAAAUCAAGCGCAACGUACAUUGUGUGCUCUGCUUCUCACCGGUCGACGGGCGCCUUCGGCAGUGGGCGCGGCGGUUUCCCGCGCUCGUCAACUGCACGGGCAUCGACUGGUUCCAGCCGUGGCCGGCCGAUGCCCUCCAUAGCGUCGCAGAAAAGGCACUCAGCGCCACGACACUCCACGAUGAAAAGCUCACGGCCGUCGAGGCGUUCAUGCCGCACGCCUUUGCCUCCGUCAACACGGUUGCUAUCGCGUUCAAGAACGACGAGCACCGCAAUGUGUACACUACACCCAAGACGUACCUCGAGUGCCUCGCCUUCUUCAAUGCGCUUCUGAGCUGCAAGCAGCGCGAGAAAUCGACGGACAUUUUUCGACUCCAGUCGGGGCUUGACAAGAUGGACGCCACGUCGCAUGUCGUCGCCAACAUUGAAGACGAGCUCAAGGUCAUGCUCGCCGAGGCGAUGGAGAAGAAGGUGGUAGCAGAAGAAAUGGCAACCGCGGUCGCCGCCGACAAGAUCGUGGUCGAGACCGAGACCCAAAAAGCGAGCGUCGAAGCCGCCAAGUGCCAAGUGAUGCACGACGAGAUGUCGGUCAAGAAGGCCGACACGGAGAAGGACCUCGAAGCCGCGCUGCCCAUGAUUGACGCCGCGAUGGCCGCCCUUGACACGCUCAACCGCAAGGACCUCGGCAACUGCAAGACCAUGUCCAAGCCGCCGUCGGGCGUCGGCGACAUCUUUGCGAGCGUCAUGGUGCUCUUUGCGGGUCUCAACCCCGACAUUCCCGUUCAAAAGAACGGUAAAAUCAAAGAAAAAGACCGGUCGUGGGAAAGCGCCAAGAAGAUUCUUCUCUCCAACGUCAACGCACUCAUGGACGACCUGCACAACUUCAAGUCGCUCGUGGAUUCGUAUGCGGUCCCCGAUGUCAACUGGAAGGAGAUUCGACCGCUCUUGGAGCUAUCGCAUUUCAACGUCGACGUGAUUGAAAAAAAAAACUCGGCCGCCGCGGGGCUUUGCGCGUGGGUCAUCAACAUUGUCGCAUACUAUGACGUCAUUGUGUCGGUCGAGCCCAAGCGGCAAGCCCUAAGGCUCUGCACCGAGGUGUGGCAAGCGGCCAACAACAAGCUCGAAGCCGUCCUUUCCAAAGUGCGACAACUCUCGGAGCGGCUCGCCAAGCUCACGGACGAGUACGAGCGCACAAACGCCGACGUCAACCUCGCGAUUGCGACCGUCGAGAAGGGCAAAAUGAAAAUGAACCUCGCACGCCGCUUGACGGCGGCGCUCGGCAGCGAAAACACUCGGUGGGCCGCCAACGUCCAGAUCUUACAGGCCGAAGCGGAAACGAUCGUCGGCGAUGUGCUGUUGGCGGCUGCCUUUGUCACAUAUGCCGGUCCCUUUACAAAGCCGUACCGCGACUUGCUUCUCAGUACGCACUGGCGACCUUUCAUUUUACACGGCAAAAAACCGCUCGCACUGCGCGACGACGUGUCGCCGGUGUCGCUCUUGACGCCCCCCACCGACAUUGCGACGUGGAUCGGCGCGGGGUUGCCGAGCGACGCCGUCUCGAUUGAGAAUGGGACGAUCGUGAGUGCGUGCAAGCGCUGGCCUCUCUUGGUGGACCCGCAGCUGCAAGCCAUCCACUGGCUGCGAUCGAAAGACCAUGCAAACCUCGUCGUUGUCCGACGUUAUGCCAGCAACCUCCUUCAAGUGUUGGAGCACGCGAUCGAGACGGGCGCGUCGCUGCUGAUUGAGCACAUGGACGAGAGCAUCGAUCCUGUCUUGUGGCCGGUGAUCAGUCGCUGCACGAUCACCAAAGGACGCAAAACGUGUCUCAAGCUCGGCGACAAGGUCAUCGAGUGGGUCGACUCGUUUCGUUUGUAUCUCCACACGACGCUCUCCAACCCCCACUACCCGCCCGAAGUCCAAGCCGAGACGACAUUGGUCAACUUUGCAGUGACGCCGCAGGGCCUCGAAGACCAGUUGUUGGCGCUCGUCGUACGCAAGGAGUGGCCAAAGAAGGCGCGGGCGCGGACCGCGCUCAUGCUACAGCAGACGCAGUUCAAAGUGAAAAUGCUCGCACUCGAAGACAAAAUUCUCACAAGCCUCGCCGACGCCGAAGGCGAAGUCACCGAGAACGUCGAGCUCAUCGUCGACCUCGAGACCACAAAAGCGACCGCGGACGUCGUCGCAGCACAGUCGAAAGCCGCCCAGACGAAUGAAGCCGAGAUCGCAGCACUCUCCAAGAAAUAUGCAACUGUCGCGGCGCGCGGCGCGAUGCUCUUCUUUGUCAUCAACAACCUCUACAAGCUGCACACGUACUAUGUAUUUUCGCUCAACGCGUUCGUGGUCAUGUUCCAGCGGGGCAUGGAGUCGGCGAAAUCGUCGACCGCGCCAAUGGACCUCGACGAUGCCAAGAAGCCGUCGGCGCUCAACCGGUUCAAGCUCGCGGCCAAGCGCGUGAUCGGGUCGCAGCGCUUCCACUGGGACAAGGACGUGCUUCUCGAAGACCGCGUCCUCGAAGAAACCACCGACUUGGAUUUCAUCAUCGCCUCCGCCAAGGACGAUGUUCCGAUCGAUGACGCGUUGAUCCUCGUGCGCUGUGGCCACCUCGAAGCGUCCAUCACGCAAGGCGUCUUUGACUAUGUUCGACGGGGCUUGCUCGAGAAGGACAAGCUGUUGCUGGCGGCGCAGCUCUGCUUUGCGAUCCUCGGGCAGCGCGGCACGAUCUCGGCGACCGAACUCACCUACCUGGCGACAACGCCCAUGAUGGACGACACGGCCAUGGCGAUGGGGCUGCUCAGCGAAUGGCUCACCGAGCCGCAAUGGCAGAAGCUUCGCAAGCUCGAGGACGUCCCUGGCUUCCAGUUGCUCCCAAACGAGAUGAAAGCCGACGCGGAAGAGUGGAAGGAGUGGUUCUACACGGACGCCCCCGAAACGCACGAGAUGCCUGGGCGAAAGCGAAGUCAAAUCAGUCAGCUCCUACUGCUGCGGAUUCUACGUCCCGACCGGUUCCUUCCGGCGCUUUCCGCGUUUAUCGCAGAGCAUUUAGGGCCGACGUAUGUGCACCAGCCGCCCUUUGACCUCGAGGCCAUCUACCAAGAAGGCUCGGCGUCGACGCCGAUCUUUUUCCUCCUGUUUCCCGGCGUCGACCCCACAGUUGCGAUCGAGCAGCUCGGCCAGAAGCUGCAAAUGACGUCGGAGAAGGGCAACUUCCGGCACAUCUCGAUGGGGCAGGGCCAAGAGGGGCCGGCGGAGGCGACACUCACCGCAUUUGCGACCGCAGGCUCGUGGCUCGUACUGCAAAACAUUCAUCUCAUGCCGCGGUGGCUGCCGGUGCUCACGCGCCUCUUGGACCAGUGCGCCAAGACAGCGGACCCGAACUUUCGCGUCUUCUUAUCGGCCGAGGCGCCGGCGCUGCCGUCCAUGUCCAACAUGCCCGAGUCGCUGCUUCAAUGCUGCAUCAAAGUCGCCAACGAAGCGCCAAUGGACUUGCGCAGCAACCUCUCCCGCGCGUGGGCCAAUUUCUCGGUCAAAACCAUCGAGACGAGCUUGAAGCCCAACGAGUUUCAAGGCUGCCUCUUUGCACUCUGCGUCUAUCACGCGCUCGUCCUUGGGCGCCGACGCUUCGGGCCCCAAGGCUGGAGCCGACCGUACUCGUUCAACAACGGCGACCUCACGCUCUGCGCCGAUGUGCUCAAGCGCUACGUCGACAAGACGCUCGACGGGCCUUUGCCGUGGGACGACCUCCGCUUCAUCUUUGGCGACAUCAUGUACGGCGGCCACAUAACCGAUUUUUGGGAUCGACUCACCAACCGCACGUAUCUCUCAACACUCCUCACCGAAGAUGCGCUGCGGGGUAAGGAUAUCAUGCCCGGGCUCUCACCCCCGGACCCGUAUCUGUUUACGUACUCCAAGUAUGCCACCUACAUUGGUCACGAGUUGCCGCAAGAGACACCGCUCCUCUUUGGGCUGCACCCGAACACAGAGAUCCUGACCAUGACAACGGCGUGCGACGACCUUCUUUUCCAGCUCACGCUCACGGGGGGUGCGUUGUUGGGUAUUUCGGCCGCGGCAGCGAGUGCGUCGCCCGUGACGUCGGCCACCGCGCUCGUGCAGAGUCUGCUGCAGCGCCUCCCCGAGCCGUUCAACUUGAGUGAGCUCAGUGACGACGCGGCGCCGUUGUUAGAGCAGAGCCACCCGAUGGCACCGUACGUUGUCGUUGCCCUGCAAGAAUGCACGCGCAUGAAUGCCCUUGUGAGCGUGCUGCGGCGGUCGCUGACCGAGCUCGCCAAAGGCCUCAACGGUCUCCUCAACAUGUCGGAGGCCAUGGAAGAGCUCCUCGAAGCCCUCUCGCUGCAGCAAGUGCCGGGGCGGAAUCCGCUCCAUUCGUGUUCCUGGGAACGGUAUGCCUACCCGUCGCGCAAGUCGCUCUCCACAUGGUACAGCGACCUCCUCGAACGCGCGGCAUUCCUCUCGCGCUGGGUCCUCGGGUCCGACUGGGCGCUGCCUUCCUCGAUGUGGCUCUCCGGUCUCUUCAACCCCGCGUCCUUCUUGACCGCUGUCAAGCAAGUGACCGCCCGGGCGACGCAGCAGCCGCUCGAUAGCAUGACGAUUGAGACGCAUCUCGUGUCAUCCGCCAGUAGCAGCAGCAAAGGCGCGUUUGUGCACGGCCUCUUUCUCGAAGGGGCGCGCUGGUGCGUGCCUGACGAUGGCGACGACGGUGACGCGUAUGUCGUCGACGAUGUGCCGUGCGCGGGAUUCCUCGCCGAAGCCAAGCCCAAGGAAGCCGUGUGUGUGCUGCCCACGCUCUAUGUCCGUGCCGUGCCGAUCCGAGACGAUUGGGACCCGACGGCCGUGGGCCACUUCCGACGCGACCCCAGCACCUACGAGUGCCCGGUGUACGUCACGUCGAUGCGCGGGCCCACGUACGUCUUUUUGGCGACAAUGAACACGCGGACGCCCAAGGCCAAGUGGAUCCUCGCCGGUGUCGCGCUCUUGCUUCAAAACGACGGCUAAGGCCACAAGGUAAGGGUGUACCCUAGCGUCAUACUGUAAGCAGCAGAUCACGUAGCCCACCCGAGUAGACAACUAUGUAUAACCAGAACGUAUGACCUGUGACGGGCGUUCCAACGCGCGCCGACCGACCGAAAGCAGCGGCGAGCUGCGUUUUGUGGCAAAAAAGGAAGGGUUCGUCGCUGCAGUAGUGCCAUCCUUGCAGCUCAAUGACAGCGUUCAAUAUGUCUUGGUCCAUGGCGCCAAAUCCAAGCCUCCAAGUGACUAGACAGCAAACAGUGCCCCCACCAGUGUCAUGCAUCCAAGUUCAUGGCUUUUAACGUGGUGAAAACCGCCCGAACGACAACGUCCCUCCUUGUCGC